AUGAGCUUGGAAUUGGACCAAUUCAGAUUCAAAUCCUGGUUCUGUUGUAUGACUCUGCACAAAAGACUUAGCCUUUCUGAGCCAUGGUUUGUAAAAUAUAGGGAUAAUACAAAUGACAAGCAAUGGUGGGUUUCCCUGUCUGCCUUCCUUCACCCCAGAGCCCUGGUAGGGACUAUGUCCCCCGCCAUCGCACUGGCCUUCCUGCCACUGGUGGUGACAUUGCUGGUGCGUUACCGUCACUACUUCCGACUGCUGGUGCGUAUGGUCUUGCUGCGGAGCCUCCGAGACUGCCUGUCAGGGCUGCAGAUUGAGGAACGGGCCUUCAGCUAUGUGCUCACUCAUGCCCUGCCUGGAGACCCCAGUCAUAUCCUCACCACCCUGGACCAUUGGAGCAGCCACUGCGAGUACCUGGGCCACAUGGGGCCUGUCAAAGGUCAGAUCCUGAUGCGGCUGGUGGAGGAGAAGGCUCCUGCUUGCGUGCUGGAGCUGGGCACCCACUGUGGGUACUCCACGUUGCUUAUUGCCCGUGCCCUGCCCCCUGGGGGCCGCCUUCUCACUGUGGAGUGGAACCCACGCACCGCAGCAGUGGCUGAAAAACUCAUCCGCCUGGCUGGCUUCGACGAGCGCACGGUGGAGCUCAUCGUGAGUAGCUCAGAGGAGGUGGUCCCACACCUACGAACCCAGUACCAGCUGAGUCAGGUAGACUUGGUGCUCCUGGCACACCGGCCCCGACGUUACCUGCGAGACCUGCAGCUUUUGGAGGCCCAUGCCCUGCUGCCAGCUGGUGCCACUGUACUGGCUGACCACGCGCUGUUCCCUGGUGCACCCCGCUUCCUGCAGUAUGCCAAGAGCUGUGGCCGCUACCGCUGCCGCCUCCACCACACUGGCCUCCCAGACUUCCCUGCCAUCAAGGACGGCAUAGCCCAGCUCACCUAUGCAGGGCCUGGCUGAGGUCCAGGCCCAGGGGCACUUACUGCUGCCUCUCCACCCCCACCGAAGCAAGGACCUCAGAACAUCCAUUCUUCUCCCUGCUUGUGGCCUGACACAUGCUGGACUCAGGCUGGGGAGGCUGUCCUCCAACCUCUGCCCCACUCCAGUUCUACACUGACCUGAGACAUCAAGUUCUAUCAGGAUGCUUGGUUCCAUUACCCCCCUCCUUCCAGAGAGCCAUGGAUUGACAGGCAAGAGACCUGGGCUCCCAACCCAACUCUAUCACUGAUUUUCUGGGUGACUCCAAGGGAGUCCCUGUGCUGCCUGAAGAUUUAAUCUCUCUUAACACCAAGGAAGCCAGCUGGAAAAUCUCCAGGGGCCUCCUAGCUCUAGGCCUCAGAAGCCUUCCUUCCUCAGCCCAUGCAAUUCCAGUUAGGAUCAGAGGAAACAGUAAACAUUGAGUUAGAGGCUCUGAAGGAAUGGGUACAAGCUGAGCCAGAGAAAAUGGUAAUGGAGACUGGGCCCAGGGCCAGGACCACCUCUAGCCCUGGACAACAUGAUCCAGUAGGCUUGCCUGAAGUCCCUUGUAUGCCCUCUGCCUGAAGCUCAAGAGAAGACGCUGGAUUCCUCUGGGCCCGACCAACAAUUAGGGAAUAGACACGGGGAAAAAAAAUAAAAUCAUUCCUGUGUCUUUAUUAAAGGGAGUUAGAAAGAGACUAUACCUGGCAACCAAGGGGUGAGGUAAUGGGCGGAAAGGUGGGGUGGGCUCAGGCCCUGGAGACUCAAGGGCAAAGUGAUGGCCUAGGAGGAGCCAAGGAGACCAGUUCUUGGCAGCAGCUGAAGAGAUACCCAAGGGUGAGCUUUCAGGCACUGGGGCAAUCAGCUGGUUCUGCAGGGGGUGCAGGAUAAGUUGGGCUGGCCUGGAAUUUGCCUGAGGCCACCCUGCCUUGUCUACCUAGAUCAUCCACUGGUCCUGAUCCUGUUCGUUGCCUUCCAUGUCCACCUGGAGAGAAGGCUAGGUGUGGGUGGGGAGGGGCCUCAGCCACCCAGCCGGCCGUAGUCCCAGAUCCUGCCCCUGGUUGGAUCCAGAGUCUCUGUAUCCUUGGCCACCAGUUAGGUCACAGGCAGGGGCCCACCCCCACACCCCUGCCUACCUCAUUGACCUCUCCAUCAUCAGGUGACUCAUUGUAAUCAUUCAUCUCAUCCAUGUCCUGCAUGUCCUCAUCAUCCUCUGAGUCCUCUUCACUAUCCUCGUCGUCAUCUUCAUCCUCCUCUUCCUCGUCAUCAUAGUGCUGGCGAGGCAGGGGAGAGCCUAUAGGCUCUAUAGGCUUGCCUGGACCACUUCAAGGGCUGGUCCACUUGGAGCCUUUCUCAGGGGCAGUGAGUGACCCUCCAUUCCCCAGACUUGCCCCCCGCCUUGAGUCUAGCAGACUGGUGCAUGUUUUGCAGGACCUUGGUGCUAGGUCCAAUGGCCACCCACUCUAGAUCCCCUUUAUGGCCUCUGCCUAGAGCUGAGGACCACAAUUGCUCUGGAGUCAGAGGUAGGACCUUCAGAAUUAGAGCAAAGCUUUAGUCCACCUGAGCCCCACAAAGGCCCUACCUAUUGGAACCACUCACCUCCGAGGCCGGCUUGCCAAUGGGUACCAGAUUGUUGUCUUUCUCUGCGAUGCUCUGGAGCUGUGGCCAAAGGGGGAGAGGAGGGUCAGGGCCCAAGCAGGGCAUGUCAGGGGCAUGGGACUGGCCCACUCUGCCCCUAAGAAGAUACCCCCACCCCCAAGUAUGGAGAAGCUUCCUCUCAGUUUCUUUCUUUUUUUUUUUUUUUAAUUUUAACGUUUAUUUUUAUUUUUGAGACAGAGAGAGACAGAGCAUGAACAGGGGAGGGGCAGAGAGAGAGGGAGACACAGAAUCUGAAACCGGCUCCAGGCUCUGAGUGGUCAGCACAGAGCCCGACGCGGGGCUCGAACUCACGGACCGUGAGAUCAUGACCUGAGCCGAAGUCGGAUGCUUAACCGACCGAGCCACCCAGGCGCCCCUUCCUCUCAGUUUCUAGAAAGAGUCAAUCCCUUUGUUUCUUGUCAUCUGCUACUUAUAAACUGGAUCCAACUAAAUUCUCUGGGCCAUGGUUGCCCUAUGAGAUUACAGUGAGGGUAAAGUGAGAGACUGACAGAGAAUAUGGCAUCUGCUACGUCCUCAAUACAGUCAAAAUUACUAUUUCCUAUGAGUUAGAGAACAGAGCCUGGGCUCCAACCUGGCCCAGAAAUCCCAUGGUCCCACCGUAAAUCAGUAGCAUAAAGACUGGAACCUAGGCCUCCUACCUCCCAGAUUGAUUGUUCCCAGCUCAGGGCAAAAAGCUCCUCCAGGAUCAUGGUCUGUGAAAGGCAGGGGAGGUCCCUGACUAAGGCUCCACCACUGUGCUAGGUCCUUACUCACCCAGGCCUGAUGCUGUUGCUCUUGCUGCUGCAGCUCCGUCUCCUCCACACAGGGUCGAUCCAGAUUAAACCACAGUGUCUCAGUCACACGGGGGAAGAGUGAGGGAAACAAGGUGGACAUGGCUCCUAGACUGAGGUAAAGGGCCAGGUGAAUCCAGAUCAGAAGUAUUUGAUUUCAGUUAUUUGGUUAGUCUGAUUUGGGGAUGGGGUGGAGUAGAAGGUAGGGGGAAAUAGCUCUUCCUUGUGGGAAUCAGACAGACCUGGGUUUGAGUCCUGGCUCCACCACUUACUAGCUGUUUGACCUCGGCCAAGUCACUUAACCUCUCUGAGCCUCAGUUUCCUCAUCUGUAAAAUGGGGGAUAACAGUUAUACCCACCCUCAUAAUUAUUCUGAUAAUCAAUUUACUUUGUGGAGAAGUAAAGCUGUUUGCAAGCUAUUCAAGGAGUGGAAAAUGGAAGCCAACAUGUAGAGCUAUGAAUCCAGAAUGCAGACUGGUAUUACAAAAUUAAACAAAAUUAGAGUAGCAGGGCUCCACUGACACUAUCUUUACCUCUUCCAAACAUGAAGACCUACUUUUUGCCCUUUUAUGAGAAUCCAUUCCAUUCUUACUCCACGUCAGAAAUUUAGGGCACUAAUCACCUCUCUCAUGAACCACAACCAAACUGGGGUGGGGAUGGGCUACCACGUGCAAUAUGGUUCAGAAAGGCAUUCUAAAGGCAUGAGUAAAUGCAUAAAUAAGUAAAUGUUAGGCUGAAUGAACUAACGUGAGAGAAUACGUAAAUUCAGCACAGAUUUAGCUGAGGGAGCGGACCAGAAAGGUCCCAGAGAAUCUGAAUUAAAACCUUUCAGUUCACAGGAAAAUCAAGGCCCUGGGACAAGCAACACUGUCUCUAGGUCACACAGUGAGGUGGGGCAUAGAAUUCCUACGGGGAAGAAAUCGAGGCCAGGCACUAGAAGAGAUGAGCAGGAGAAAAGGACCUACGUCUAGUUCUACUUUUGCCCUAAUUCAUUUGACUGAUCCUGGGCCAGCCGCUGUCCUUUAGUAAACCUCAGCUUCCCGGCCCGUGUCACUGACACAACACCCAUCCUCACGGCCAGUAAGUUUGAGGCGAGAGACCGAGGCUCCGAAAGCCCCACCCCUCGCGGCAAAGCCACCGCCCAUUCUUCGCUUAUUAUGAAAAUGACCGCGGGGUGGCCCAACAAGAAGAAUGCAGGGGCGGGAUUCGAACAGGCAUUUGCCCUUUAUAGGGUUGCUAAUCGCAAAAGCAGCGAGGCCUGAAUAGGGCCAAUUAACUGGAAGAACUGCUGGGUGACAGAAAGUGACACCAAUGAGUGACGGAUCUUGUGAGAUGGGGUGGAGCUUAGCCUCGAGGAAGCGGCCAAUGAGCUGGAGCUCUUUACUGUGUUAAGAGUGUGGGCACGGAGCUCCUGAAGAGCCGGGUCAGGGCCACGGGAUUUCUCCGAGGGAGGAAGAAGAGAAGGGGCAGAGACAGCAGCCUCAGCCUGGCUUCCGUACUUACCGCGCCGAGAGGCGGCAGCCGGCAGCGACCCGGAAGCACUUCUCUCUGCCUGAGCGGAAGGGCCCACCAGAACCGGGGAAGCACCAACGCAUGCGCCUUCGCUCUCCUUUUGUUUCUCGUUCCCGCCCUCCACACCGGAUGUGACGCUCUACACCUUAGUCACGUCGUUAAGUAACCUCUGACUCAGCCUCCCCUUCAGAGAUCAUGCCUUCUGACAACGGCAGUCCUUCAAACCCAACCCCCAUUAAGCUCCAUCACCCACCAGCCUCUUCUAGAGCUAGCAUUCACCCACAGUUCUACUCCUGACCACACCAGAUGUGUGAAGUUUAACAAGUCGUUUUCCCCACCUGGAUUUAGUUUUGUCUUCAACCAGCUUCGGAAACUAUGCAGCCUUCCGCCUAUCCUGGACUGAUGUGAGGAUUUGACGAGACUACAUAUUUAAGUCGUAGUGUACUGUGUACGUUAACAUGAUUAUGUUUCCAAGCAGCUCUAGUUGUUACAAAGUUUUCAUUAAAGAGUAAAUUUUGCCUCUUGGAA